GAGUAGGAGUGGGCAUAAUACUAAAUCCAGCAAGCAGCAUAGGCUGGCUAUAAGGACCAGUGCAGGCGUCACUCGCCGCAUGUGCCAGUCUGUGUGUGUUCGCAGACGUGGGAAAAGGUUGAUUUAUAGAAAUAACACAUGUUCAAAUGAGCUCGCUUUUUCUGAACGCACGCGCGUUGGAUGCUUCACUAUAUGGAAACGAUGAGAAGGAAAAUAGUAAUGUGGCUAUAAUAAAUGAAUAACCUGCUCGUUUUAGUGGGGGUGAUUUUAAGCAAGCAAAACAAGAGACCUGCCUAGUAAUGGAGAACGAGGCUGCGGAGCUGCUACAGCAGCAGCAGAGCUACGAGGACGUUCGGAAAAGCGGGUAUCUCCGCAAGCAGAAAUCUAUGCACCGGCGAUUCUUCGUUUUGAGAGAAGCCACGGAACAGGGCCCUGCCCGUCUAGAAUAUUAUGAGAAUGAGAAGAAAUUCCAAAGCAAGUCACCUGUCCCGAAAAAAGCGCUGGAUCUGGAGACUUGCUUCAACAUCAACAAGCGGGCGGAUUCCAAGAACAAGCACAUGAUAGUGAUGUAUACCCGCGGGGAGAGCUUUGCCAUUGCAGCAGACAAUGAGGAGGUCCAGAAUGAAUGGUACCAGGCCAUGCUGGACCUUCAGUGGAAAUGUAAAAGCCCAGAGAAUUGUGGCAGUGGUGGGGAGUGUGGACUCCCCUCUCCUCCAGGCCCAGCUUUUAAGGAGGUGUGGCAGGUCAAGGUGUGGCCUAAAGGGCUUGGCCAGGCCAGAAACCUAGUGGGCAUCUACCGGCUGUGCCUGACCGACAAGACGGUCAACUUCGUCAAGCUCAACUCUGACAUGGCCACCGUGGUCCUACAGCUGAUGAAUGUGCGUCGCUGUGGCCACUCUGAGAACUUCUUCUUCAUCGAAGUGGGCCGCUCGGCCAUGACGGGGCCUGGGGAGUUCUGGAUGCAGGUGGAGGACUCGGUGGUGGCCCAGAACAUGCAUGAGACCCUACUGGAGGCCAUGAAGGCUCUGAGCGAGGAGUUCCGCCAGCGCAGUAAGUCCCAGUCUGUGGGAGCUACAGCUGGAGGUGGCACCGCCUCCAACCCCAUCAGUGUCCCCACCCGCCGCCACCACCCCAACCUACCCCCCAGCCAGGUGGGCUUCGGCAGACGAUCCCGGACCGAGACCCCUGGAGCAGGUGGGGCCAGCUGCACCAGCACUUCACCCACACCACGCAACGGAUUCCCCAGGGCACGUACAGCCAGCAUCGGGGGAAGGAUGGAGGAGGGUGGAGGUGGACCCAGGGGGGCAUGGGCAAGUUCCAGUCCCAGCCUGAAUGGAUCCUGUUCCACUACACCCACCCUGAGACCCAAGCCCACCAGAGCUCCAACCCCAGCUAAGAUCACUCUCAGCCUGGCCCGCUACACCCCCAACCCAGCCACCUCCCCAGCCCCAAGCCUCUCCUCCAGCUCUGGUCAUGGCUCAGAGUGUGGACUAGUUGGAGGGGCAAUGGGAAAUGUAGCCAUUUGCUCUUACACCCGUGUCCCUCAAAGAGUCUCUGUGUCGGGCUCCCCUAGUGACUAUGGCUCCUCAGACGAGUAUGGCUCCAGCCCUGGAGAGCACUCCCUGCUUGUCCCCAGUCUGCCAGGAGGGUCCCAUGGGGGGAUGGGACACCAUGCUCAUGGAGAGAGCUCUUCCAGCUACAUAGUGAUGGGCCAGAGAGAGAGCCUCCCUGGGUCCCAUCAGCGUCCUCAGGGCCGCAGGAUGCUGCGGCGCUCCUCCAGCAGGGAGUGUGAGGCAGAGCGCAGACUCCUCAGCAAGAGGGCCUCCCUGCCCCUGGCUGCGCACGAACGCCUGGCCCCUCGUAGGAAGGAGGAAGAGGAUGAGGACGAAGAGUACACUGUCAUGUCGCAGAGUAUUAGCAGGGAUGCCUUUGUGUCACAACGUGGAUCAGGGGGCUCGGCAGCAGGGGGCUCGGCAGUGGCAGUCGUGGUUGGGGAGACCCGGGCGAGGGCUGAUGGGGUCCGAGGAGAGGUGGGAGGAGGAGGAGGGGCACCAGUGGACAGUGGCUACAUGGCCAUGUUACCCGGAGUGACAGCUUCUCCUGUUUCCCUCUCUCUAUCUGUGGCCGUGUCUGACGUCGGUGCCAAACCUGGGACUGAUGAUGAGUACAUGGCCAUGACUCCCAACAAUAGUGUGUCUCCCCCCCAGCACAUCUGCCUGCCUGUCUCAGAGGGCUACAUGGUCAUGUCCCCCAAUAGCAGCUGCUCCCCAGACUUGCAUGGAAUGGCCAUGUGGGGGAGCAGGGGCAGCAUGGAGAGCCGAGCUGGCAGUGACUACAUGAACAUGUCUCCUAUCAGCAUCCGCUCAGCUUGCAGCACACCCCCCUCCCAACCUGAACAGAACCAGUUACAACCCAAGAUGGUCUACUCCUACUUCUCUCUGCCACGAUCCUACAAACACACACUCUCUACACGCUUCGAAGAUGACUUAGAUCAAGGGAAAAGAAAGGAGGGGGGUCAUCACGACCAUGACGGUCCUGGAAAUCGGGGUGGACAAGUGGGCUACAGCAAGAGGGACACAGCCACAGUUGGCCCUGCAGGAGGCUGUCAACUCUCCCUCUCCUCUUCCUCCUUCUCUUCCAGCUCAGCUAGCAGUGAGAGCCUGGAUGAUAGGCCCAAAUCAGUGGCAACAGGGGGAGGGCUACGACUAACAAGAACAGGGACAGGGUUCAGGAAUGGCGGGUUCAGGAAUGGGGGAGCACGCUUAAAGGACGGAUCCUACCAGCAAAAACGUGCAUCGCAUGGCCCAGGGGGACAGCAGAUGAAGCCUCGUCCCCUCAGUGUGUCGGUGGACAUGUCUAAAGCUAACACUUUGCCAAGGGUUAAGGAGAAUCUCCUUCCCACAGUGCCUCAGAGCCCUGGGGAUUAUGUCAGCAUAGUGUUCAGGGGUGGUGACAUGGGGUGCAGGAGAAGAGACCAGUGGGGGCCAGAGCAUGGACUGUCAGUGAUCCAUGGAACCCAGAGGCCCCUGGACCGUCCAGCCCUCUGCCACAGUGGCGCCACCAACCUCCCCCGCAGCUUCUCUGUACCUCUGGCCACCUCCGCUGCCUCUGCUGAGUACGUCAACAUGGACUUGGGGAUGGGGAAGUCUCCUUGCCCAUGCCCCCGGAGCCCUGUUAAAUCACCUUUCAGCCUGCCCCCAGCCAUCGCCCCGAAGCCCCGAGUUUUGGCCCGUAGUAGGCCCUCUCCUAGGGCAGCAGAGGGCAAUGUAGGUGGGCAUAGGGCGGCAGUGCCAACAGACUUACCCACAUCAUAUACAGACUACACAGAGAUGGCCUUCAGCAUGGGUUCAGGGCCUAACCCUGCAGCGCCUGCCAUGCACGCUGCCCAAAGAACAUCAAUGGAGCAGGAACCAGGCUUGGUCUUUCCCUCAGAAAAGUCCUAUUCAUCUCCUGCCCAGAAGCAAAGCAGCAGGCUGGCGAGAGACAGGGUUGACAGGGGCGACCAACUGGGACGGAGACGCCACCGCUCUGAGACCUUCAUUAUGACUCCUCCCUCUCUCCCCUUCCACCUAUCCCCAUCAGGCUCCUUGUUCUUGGAGAUUGCCCAGGCAGCAUCGCCUCAUCGGCACGGAGGGCUGGAGGGGGGUUCACCGUGGGAGAAUGCACAGGCAGCUAUGUCUCAAUGUGCCAUUCCUGCUGCACCCGCAGCCCAGGCUUCAUCCUCUGGGUCUGCUGAACAAGGCCUUAACUAUAUUGAUCUGGACCUGGCCAUUAAGGACAGCUCUCAGACUGGACUGGAGGGGGGAGCCACCGUCCCCCACAUCGUCUUCACAUCCGUCCACAGUGGGGUAGUUGGGGGAGGCAUGACUGGUUUGGGGAACAACCCUGGCUAUGCCAGUAUUGAUUUCUGCAAAUCAGAGGAGUUGAGAGCACAUCAUCAGAGCAGCAGGAAAGAUGUAAAAGAAUGUUAAUGAUACAUCUUCAUGUGGACAUUACUCCUGGGAUUGAGCAACACUGUCCAACACUCCUCCUUCUAACCAUGGUGGGGUUGGUGGGCAACAGGAUGUUUCUCACUGGAAGAGGAGUAACAGAGGUGAAGCUAUACCCAUCAAAUCAUCAUUACGGUAACUAUUUGUCAUCCUAUCCAGUUGUUGCUAUCCAAUACUAAUGUGUGCCAAAAAACUGCUGGUUAUAACCAACACGACAUGGUUAUUUGAGGUAGAAUAAUCUAGCCAAUCAAGAGUGAUUACAGCAACUCCAACCAACAACAAGGAUCUAAUGAUAUUUUGUUUAUUUUUCCUAAACAUGAACUUCAUGGAAAUUGUUAUAAAAAUGUGAAAUAGUAUAAAGGUGCAUACAGAAAACAAUAUAGUAUACAUAUGUUGAUGAAAGCUACAAAAAUAUGGAAAUAUAUAUUAUACUUUUUAAAAAGUGCCUAAUUUUUGAGUGUAGCCAUUUUUACACAGGGAAUGUUGAACAGGUCUGUUAGAAGGGAAAAUAUGUUGGUCUUGAAUAUAAUUUUGUUAAGAAUAUUGUGAAUACUGUAUGUUGAAAAUGUAAUAUAAAGUUAUAUAGUAAGAAUAAUCAAACUGCCUUACCGUGUUUGUGAAAGUACUUAAAGAAUAGCCUCUUUUUACUUUAUGCUGUGCCUCAUGCUUCAGUCACAAUGAAGGCUCUCGUUCCCUCACUUUCCUGCCUGAACCCUACCAGCUGGAUCUCAGCCAACAACCAAUGCUGCAUAAAGACACACACACACACACACACACACACACUUUAAUAGUCCUACAUGUGGUCCAGCUGAGUAGAUGAGGUUGAUAGUAGUCACAUUUACUGCUGAGAUACUUGUGUUUGCCAGAACAUUAUUACACAAACAGGCUGAGAAGGGGAUUGGAUGUCUUAUCAAUGUGAUUAAAGAUUCCUGUAUGGCAUGUGUGUGUGCAAGAGCAUGAUUAGAGUGGAGAUGGAUAUCAAUUCAUUAUGAUAUUUCCAGACCACAUGAUGGCUUCCCACAGCCUGUCAAUUACCAACAGGGUAACUUUAAUUUAUUUCAUAAUAAUAUUCAUCCCUUAAUCACUUGCUUGUUAAAGGGGCAAUCUGCUGUUGCUACAUCCAUUUUUGGACUUAUAAAUUGAUGAUAUGUGCCCACUGAUUCUUAAAGAAUUUAACUUAGAAUUGCCUCAUGAGCUUCGUUCCUCUGUCGUAUCUCAUCAGAACUCCAAAUAUAAGCUUGAUUUACUCCUACAUUUGUAAGCAAAAUAAAUGUAAGUAAACCAAACAUGGUUAAUACAAUCAUUUUGUUAUCAUGUAUUAGUCCUUGCAUCCAUAGCUCUGUCUGAAUUUGAGAGUGGUUACCUUUCUCCAGCCCCAUCCCUCAGCUUUUUUUUUUACUGAAACAGGGAAAACUCUUUGUUCCACCUGCUAAAUGCUGCUUUAAAGUUCCCCCCUCUAUAUAACCACAGACAAUUACAAUCAUAUCACACACACGUCCCAUGUAACCUGUUCCCAGAUCUGUUUGUGCUUUCUUUCCAACUCCAAAUGACCAUAGGAGCUGGCACGAUAGUACAAACAGACCAGGCACCAGGGUACAUUGUCUGUGUAUACCAAAAGACACUCAAGUGCCUGGCUGCCUGUGUUUUUUGGUGUCCUCACAUUCUACCGGUUACCCUCACUCAUUCUCACUAGGUUCCCAUUCCCUUAUAUUUCCCUACCCCUCCUGUACCAGUCAGAUUCUCUUGCAGAAAAACUAUUGGUAUUUUUGAUGUGGUGGCACAGUUUUAUGAAAUCACUUUAGUGAUUUGAACAUAGCCCACCCAUUACUGCCAGUGUCUUGUGCUUUAAUGCAGAGAAAUUUAGUGCCAAAAUCCUGUAUUACAUAGACCAAUGGAUUACUCAUACUUCACUAUGGUAGACUUAUGCUGUUGUUGCUCUUAAGUUCGUUUCAACAUACAGGCUAAUGGCAUUGCUUAAUGGGACUUUUAUAAUAUGCCUUUCGUUAUUCUUCCCUUAAAAUGAUUCUUCUUAAUUGGGGAUUUUCAUUAGUGAGUUUCUCUUACCUCAUAAUCAUGUCUAAAGACUCUGAACAGACGUGACAGUUGGUCUGAAGCCCCCCAGGGCUGUCUGAGAAGGGUUCAGGAUCACACCUUAACUUCCCCAGGGCUGUCUGAGAAGGGUUCAGGAUCACACCUUAACUUCCCCAGGGCUGUCUGAGAAGGGUUCAGGAUCACACCUUAACUUCCCCAGGGCUGUCUGAGAAGGGUUCAGGAUCACACCUUAACUUCCCCAGGGCUGUCUGAGAAGGGUUCAGGAUCACACCUUAACUUCCCCAGGGCUGUCUGAGAAGGGUUCAGGAUCACACCUUAACUUCCCCACAUGUUGCUUCACUUAACCACCGUAGCUAUGGAAAAGUCCAAUCAAGAGCUUUGUAUUUUACUGGGUAUCGUUUUACCUCUCUUUUUUUUAGUGGUGUCUUUUAAUGCCUUAUUAUUUUCUAUAUUAACUCUCACAUGAUACAACAGCUGUAUAAAGGCGCUUUUCAUUUUAGAAUAAACAGAAUUCCGUCAAGUCUGAAUAUUCUUUGUGUGGUGAACUGCAGAGAUGUGUUCUCUGUGGCUGUAGUGUGUUCAGCAUAACGCCAUACAAAGUGAUGUAGAA